AUGCAUCUCGCGGUUCCCAUUCAACUGUUCAUUGUUGCCCUAGCAGCGACUCAGUCCUCGGCCUCUCCGCCAGCCGCCCCCAUUUCGAAUGGAGUCGAAACUCGCACUGCUCACGGCGCCGUGGAGAAGCGCAGCUUUUGGAACGUGCACCGAAUGCUAUAUCGGUGGUGCCAUCGGCAACCCUUUGUUGAUGUCGGGAACUAUGGAUACAGCUGCCAGAACACUCAAGUUAGAGAAUGUGAUGGUGUCUGGUAUAUCAGCGCCGUAUGCACGCGGGUCGACGGCGAGAAUGUGGUGACCGCGACGACCUUGACAAACAUCCACAAUCGUGACGACCUUCUUGUUUGCGAUGGCUUCUAA